AGACAACCAUGGUCCAGCAAUCCACCCCCAUCCUCGUCGACGGCAAGGGUCACCUCCUCGGUCGUCUGGCCUCGAUCCUGGCCAAGGAGAUCCUCUCCGGCCAGAAGGUCACCGUCGUCCGUUGCGAGGAGAUCAACGUCUCGGGCUCCUUCUUCCGCAACAAGCUGAAGAUGCACGCCUACCUUCACAAGCGUCACGUCGUCAAGCCGAGCCGCAGCGGUCCCUUCCACUUCCGCGCCCCCUCGCGCGUCCUCUACAAGGCUAUCCGCGGCAUGGUCCCCCACAAGACUGCCCGCGGUGCCGCCGCCCUUGAGCGCCUGAAGCUCUACGAGGGCGUGCCUCCCCCGUAUGACCGCAAGAAGAAGAUGGUCAUCCCCGCUGCUCUCCGUGUGCUCCGUCUCAAGCCUGGCCGCAAGUACGCCACGCUCAAGCGCAUCUCGCACGAGGUCGGAUGGAACCACCAGGCUACCGUUGACAAGCUCGAGGAGAAGAGGAAGAUCAAGGCGCAGGCCUACAACGAGCGUCGCGUCGCUUCGAUCAAGAAGCGUGCCAACGCUACCAGCUCGGCAGGGUCGGCCGUUGCGCCCCUCAACGAGAAGCUGGCCGUCUACGGUCUCUAAGCGGGCGUACCAGCGCCGGCUCUGCUUCUUGGGUCGUUGAUGUUCAUUGCGCUUCGGUCUUCAUCUCUACACCCCCAUGUACUUUCUUGACACCCCAUGAGGGGCGGGGCCACACCCUUCCUCU